AUGAUUGUCUUAUUCUACAAGGGAUUUCGUUUCUUUGUUCACUACUACGCGUUCAAUCCCGGAGUACACCACUUUUCUACAACAAACUCUGAUGAAGCUUUGGUUUGGAGAGGUCCGCGCAAGAACGCUCUCAUCGAACAAUUCUUGAAAGACGUCUAUUGGGGAGAGAUCGAUUACCUCGUUGUUGAUGCCCCACCAGGAACUUCAGACGAGCACAUCUCCAUCGUCCAGUACCUUCAAGCCACUGGCAUCGACGGUGCAAUCAUUGUUACAACCCCACAGGAAGUCUCUUUGAUCGAUGUCAGGAAAGAAGUGAGCUUUUGCAAGAAAGUUGGAGUCCCUGUGCUAGGAGUGGUAGAGAACAUGAGCGGUUUAACUCAACCUUUAGCGGAUGUCAAGUUCAUGAACGUGCUUGCAGAUACUGGCAUUACCAUUGACGUGACACAAGACGUAAUCUCUUGCUUAAGAAAGAACGCACCAGAGCUUGUCGACGUCUUUGCUUACACCGAAGUGUUUGACAGCAGUGGAGGUGGUGCAGAGAGAAUGUGCAGGGAAAUGGGAGUACCGUUUCUUGGGAAAGUUCCUUUGGAUCCCAAGCUCUGCAGAGCAGCCGAACAAGGUAAGUCAUGCUUUGAGGGUAGCAACAAGUGUUCUGUUAGCGCACCAGCUCUUCAGAGCAUCAUACAGAAAGUCGUUGCUUCAAUGACGAUGAUAACCGAGUGA